UAAAUUAAUUUUCAAAACAUUACAAAAUUGAAAAAAAACAAAAUCCAUCUUCUUCGAGCCAUACUUUUCCCUUUUGAACUCGUCUCUCCCUCUCCUUCUCCCCCUCCCUCUCCCCCUCCCUCUCCCCGCUUCCACAACAACAAGCUUCAUACUCAGAUGGAGUUUUCUAGGAGAUAAUUUGAAGUUAUUAUUUGGUUGAAGCUCUUCAAGUUUUCUAAUGAUUGAUAGCGAGUUGAAUAGUGGUGGAAUGAGCAGCUGCGAAACUCAUUUGUCUAUGUAUCAGAGCAAACAGUCACCUAUUGCACAGAAAAAGGUUGCUUUAAGGGAUGUGCAAAAUGAUAAUAGGAGCGUCAUAUAUAACUAUCCUGAAACUUCCUGUGCUUUGGGUGGAAAACUUAUGAAUGGGAGUAAGCUUUCAGGAAGUAAGAGAUCCAACCCUACAUGCUCACCGAGCUCUGCAAUCCAUCAAUCCUUCAAAGGAAUUGGGGUAAAUGAGCACAAUGUUUAUGCCAACGGAGAAGUUGAUGUGAAGCCUGGCAAAAAAAGAGCAUCGGGAGGUAGCACAUCUUGUGCACCUGCAUUAUUUUCUUCUUUUCCUGCAGUCUCUCCAACGGCAUUUUCACCUAGGUCUUCAUUUCCCAUUUUCACAGAAAAGCCUGGUAAUUUUCUGGCUGUUGCUGGAUCCAAUCUUCUGGGAAUCUCUCCUGGUUUGGAGAUUCUUCGAUCUGAUGAUUCAAAUGGGAUUACUGAUGAGCAGAGAUCAGAGCGUUUAUUCCAUCUACAGAAGCUCCUAAAACAUUUUGACAAGACGGAUCAAAAAGGGGUCAUUGAGAUAGUGCUCCAUGGUUUGCCUCCCUCUGAGCUCAGCAAUUUUGCCAUUAAUCUGGAAAAGAGAUCCAUGCACCUGUCAGUAGAGGAAGGGAAAGAGAUCCAACGGAUGAAGGCUUUGAAUAUUCUGAGCAACCUUCAGUGAAAUCUGAAAGAAGUUUUGUUACACUGAUGAAUAACGAUUUUGGAGACGAACGAGACGAAAGGGCCAUUUGGCAUUUCUGCGAUAAUUGCACGAGUGGACAAAUUAGUCGAUUGGUUGAUGAAACAGUCUGCCGUAAUUGAGCAAACCAAUAUUCCUUGAGAGCUGGCAAGGUAGUCUUUCUAUGGAGCUUUAGGUUAUGGAGUUUGAUUUGGGCAACAUGAGGUUAAAAAAUGUUGCUCCUGUCAACAUGAAACUCCUCCACCAGGAGUUUCAUUUGAAUCAGUGGAAGGGGUUUUGAAAGUUUUUUUUUUUUUUUUAAAAAAAAAGAAGAAAAUAGUUUAGUUACAUGUUGAGUUGAUUACACUUUGGAAUCUAACAUUCAAAUCAGUCCAAUUACCAUGUGAUUGUUGUCUUAAUCAUUAGCUUCAUUUUGGAAGUUUUUAACCCAUUAUUUCCCUCCCUUUUUUCUUUUUUCUUUCGGCUAUGAUUAAACUAUGUAUAACAUGCGAUUGGGGAUUCAAAUUUGAAUCUUUUGGGAUUUUGAUCCAACUUAUAA